CACGCACGUGGGUGAAUGUCAAACAUCAUAACCUCUACUCAACACAGGCAUGGAUUGUGCACGAAGAUGACAAAAAAUAACAGUAAUAGCAUGGAAAAACAAAAAUGGACAGAUUUGCAAGUCAAACUGAGUGAUUCUAUUCUGAAUACACUCAAAGAAUUGAAAUUCACCUCUCCAACACCAAUUCAAACAGCAUGUAUCCCAAUUUUAUUGAAUGGAAAAGAUGUUGCAGCCGAGGCAGUAACUGGCAGUGGCAAGACUCUAGCAUUUUUGAUUCCCUUAUUGGCGCUCUUACAGAGGAGAGAAGACGAAUGGAAGAAAAUUGAAAUUGGAGGGAUAAUAAUAUCUCCGACGAGAGAACUAGCCACACAGAUUAGUGAAGUUUUAGAAAAAUUCCUAAAAAAAACAACGUUGAAACAAGUACUUCUGGUCGGUGGUACUACACUGAAGGAAGACAUAAUGAGAUUGAAGAAGGGAGUGAAUAUCAUCGUUGCAACGCCUGGCAGACUGGAUGAUGUGCUCACCAAUUGUAAAGAUGUCAAUUUAGUGGGGAGCGUUAAAUCACUGGAACUUCUAAUUUUAGACGAAGCAGAUCGACUCCUCGACCUAGGCUUCUCCGCAACCCUAAACUCAAUCUUCAGUUACCUCCCCAGACUGAGAAGAACAGGCUUAUUCUCAGCCACCCAAACGAAAGAAGUCCAGCAGUUGAUACGAGCUGGUUUGAGAAAUCCAACUCUGGUGUCCAUCAAAGAGAAAUCAAGUGUCUCAACCCCUCUCUUACUCAGCAACUAUUACACGAUCAUCAAUGCUGAGGGGAAGCUAGCAUCUCUCAUUCAUUUCAUAAACUCCAAAGGCACAAAUCUCAAGUACAUGAUCUUCUUCUCAACAUGUGCCUGCGUGGACUAUUUCAGUCACGUCAUUGACACCAUGUUGCCUUCAGCAAAAGUCCUCGCACUCCACGGAAAGAUGAAGGGAAAACGUCACAAGAUAUUCGAUGAAUUUCGUCAGAUAGACAGUGGCAUUCUAGUAUGCACGGACGUAAUGGCCCGUGGGAUUGACAUACCAGAGGUCGACUGGGUGCUCCAGUAUGAUCCACCAGCGACAGCCAGUAGCUUCGUGCAUCGUUGUGGGAGAACUGCUCGCAUCGGCAACGAAGGCAAUGCGCUACUAUUUCUUUUAGAAACAGAGGAUGCAUACAUUGAUUUCAUAAAACGAAAUCAAAAAGUCGAGAUGGGAGAAAUGGUUGUGAAAGUCGACGACAAUUUCAUCGAAAAGUGUCUCAAAUGCAUGAGGAAUAUCCAGACAAAGGAUCGUCUACUAUUCGAUAAAGCAAAUCGUGCAUUCGUCUCCUACAUUCAAUCCUACAACAAACACGAAUGUAACUUGAUUCUGCGAUUGAAAGAUUUACAUUUUGGAAGUGUGGCCAUGUCCUUUGGACUCCUCCAGUUACCAAAAAUGCCGGAGUUAAAGGGACGUGAUGUUGCGAAUUUUCACGGAGCCAAUGUAGACAUUAACAAGAUAGCUUACAAAGACAAACAGCGUGAGCAAAAACGCCUUGAAAAACUCAAUAUUUAUCUUGAUACUGGGAUCUGGCCGAGCAAGGAUAAACGCCGGGCCAAACAGACUGAGCCUUGGUCCGAGGCAAAAAAGAAAAAACUCGAGAGGCAGGAGAAGAAAGGUAAAAAAAGGGAGAAGAGAAAUAAACGAAUUGAGGCUGGUAAUGCAAAACCUGUUAAGAAAAAGAGAAAAGCUACAGAGGAGGAUAUCGAGGAGCUUGCGAGGGACAUUGCCUUGAUAAAAAAAUUGAAGAAGAAAAAGAUAUCACAAGAGGAGUUUGACGAAGAGUUUGGUGUGUAAAAUCGUUUUUCUUUACUUUGUUGUUGUACUAGUUUAUUUGAUUUUAGAUUAUUUCCAUUUCCGUCUUCACAAUUACAUUAAUUUAAUUUUAUCCAAUCUUAUUCUUAUUAUAUACAUUUU